AAGACCAUCAAAAGCCCACGAUAAGUGUUUCUUGUUUCGGACAGGGAGAAAUUUGAAGAAGCUCGAAACUCCUCACGCAGCCCCCACACGUUCCGCGAUCAGUCCACUAAAUAGACCCACCGCAAAUAAACGCGCGACGGGAGAGAAUUCCGAGUUCAGAGCACACUUGGAGCCCGACGGGCGACAGCGAGCCAAGCAAAGGCGGCCACGGAACAAGCCAAUCCCGCCGCCACCACCAGCUCCGUACCUCCAUCGCGUCCUCGCAAAGUCGCAGGCCGGGCGACACAAUUCCGAGAGUGGGGAGAGGGAGACCGAGAGUGGGGGAGGGAGCUCCGCUUCGCCCUUCUCCGCAUUGGAUGUGAUCUCGGAGCGGCUGAGGAUUGAGGAUAAGAAUCAUUGCAUACUUUUGGAUCCUAAAAGGAGAACAUGGGUCUCUUAGAGCUCUUCGUCACAGCAUGCGUGCCAGUCUUUAACAUGCUUCUGGUAACUGGUGUUGGGUCCUUCUUAGCAACUGAUUUUGCUGGUAUACUUAGCAAAGAAGCAAGAAAACAUUUGAACAAUAUAGUAUUUUAUGUAUUCAAUCCCUCCCUUGUUGCAAUCUAUUUGGCGAAAACAAUCACCAUGGAAAGCUUGGCUAAACUGUGGUUCAUGCCAGUGAAUAUUCUUCUUGCUUUUACCUUUGGUUUAUUCUUUGGAUGGAUCGUGGUAAAAGUUACAAGAGUACCUGCCAAGCUAAGAGGCCUCAUUUUGGGUUGUUGUUCUGCUGGCAAUUUGGGCAAUAUCUUUCUCAUAAUCAUUCCAGCUCUUUGCAAAGAGAAGGGAAGCCCGUUUGGAGAACAUGAUGUUUGUCAGACUUAUGGACUAGCAUAUUCUUCACUCUCAAUGGCUAUCGGUGCUGUGUUUCUAUGGUCGAUUGUGUAUAAUAUUGUUCGUGUCACCUCAAAUGUGACUGUGGGAGAUGGCAAUGCUCAAACAAACCAAACAGAAGUGUUAAUUCCAGGAAGUGCUACAGAAACAGUUGCUGAAGAAAACUGCUCAGCCUUGAAUGAUCACAGUGAUGAGCGUACACUCCCGUUGAUAUCCACGGAUAUACCUCCAACUAAAAAUAAGGUUCCCCUGCUGGAGAGUACAUGGAAGUUUUUAUCAUCGAUUUCCAAAAAAGUUGACCUGAAGAAGCUCUUUGCUCCUUCAACCAUUGCAGUGAUUGUUGGGUUCAUAAUUGGAGGAACACCUUUAAUCAGAAAUGCUAUAAUUGGAGACUCUGCACCUCUGCGUGUCCUGCAGGAAUCCGCUGAAUUGAUAGGUGGAGGAGCAAUUCCAUCGGUGACAUUGAUAAUGGGAGCAAACCUUCUCAACGGAGUUCGAGGUGGGGCAAGAGUUCAGCCGUCCGUGAUUGCCGGCGUCAUAGUGGUCAGAUACAUCCUGCUCCCCCUUCUCGGCACCGGGCUGGUCAAGGGAGCGGUCCGCCUCGGCCUCAUCCAGCCAGACCCUCUGUACCAGUUUAUCCUCCACCUGCAGUACGCCGUGCCGCCCGCAAUGAACAUCGGGACUAUAAUGCAGCUGUUCGGCGUGGGGGCGAGCGAGUGCUCCGUCAUCUUCGUGUGGGUGUACGCGCUCGCGUCCGUCGCCGUCACUGUCUGGUCCGCCUUCUUCAUGUGGACGCUAUCGUCGUGAUCUGGGGGCAUCGGAACGCGGCGAGGCCGGAACGUCGUGGGUGUCUCUCCCUGUAUCGUCUUGCUGGAAAUAAAGCGCCUCUGCCCUCUGGUUUGUUUGCCGAGACAAAGUGCCGCGUCCGCAGCGAGCAGCCGAGCACGGGCGUCCUCGUCCCUGCACCGCCGACCCGCUUCGCUCCGCCCCUGCGCGCCUGCUGCUUGGGGCUGUCGGGUUGGCAGCAACGCAACGAUCGCGGCAGGCAGCGCCUUGUCGUCCCGUGCCCACUGCCCUCAGCCCCUCAGGGCCGCACGCCACGCCCGCAGCCGCAGCUGUCGUGCACCCGCGGGCCGCGGCCCGGGGCUUCUUGUACGUUUUCCUCGUCGUCAUGUCUGGCCUUGUGCCGGACUGCUGGUCCGUUUCGCAAACGUAUACGCUGCCGAGGCAACCACGGAGCGUGCCGGGUCUAUCCUCUGUACCAUGAGCAGAUUUCACUCUCCUUUCACUUUAGUCUGGGAUUGUCUUCU